AUGUUACAGUAUCCUCCCUCAAAUACUCAGUUGUGGUUCCAGGCUUUGGAAGACGCCUUGCAGUCACCAGUAGGGCGCUCGGAUCAACCUAAUUCGGAAAGAGCGUUAGAGUUCGCGGAGCUCUACCAGAAAAGGUUCGGUUCGGGUCAGUUUGGUACCGUAUAUAGUGCACAUCGACAUUCAGGCGUGGAAGUCGCUGUUGAGGUAAUUUCCAAAGAGCGAUUUUCGAAGGAAUGCAACGGAUUGGAGUCAAUGAGGGCCGAGGUAUGA